AUGGUGUUCAACAAUGGGCCUCAUUUUGAAACUCCUCAACUUAAGGAAUGGUUGGGAGACCAGAGCAUAGCUCAUUGCUUUGCCUCAGUCGGCCGACCACAAGCCAACGACCAGGUAGAGGCCUAUAACAAGUUAAUCUCCAAUGGUAUCAAGUGCAAGCUUGAAAUAGCAAGCGGCUUAUGGGCUAAUGAGCUAGUUAAUGUAUUAUGGUCCAUACGAACAACAGCCAAGAGCUCCAUAGGAGAAACCCCAUUCUUUUUGGUCUAUGGUGCCGAGGAAGUUCUCCCAAUUGAGAUGUACGAGCCUACCCUCACGGUGAUGCUAUAUGAUGAAGCGGUCAAUUGGGAGGCCAUGAAGACCGCCCUGGACUUCCUUCCAGAAGUCAGGGGAAAUGCGGCGCUUAGGCGCGAAAUCUAUCGCUUGAGGAUGACAAGGGAAUAUAAUCGUCGAGUGUCAAAGCGUCCGCUAGAGAUGGGAGACCUGGUACUAAGAAAAAUGGAGGCUGUAGGCCGAGCAAAUGAGGAUGAUAAGUUAAACCCAAACUGGGAAGGGCCGUAUCGAAUUAGCAAAGAAGUUUAA